GAAAGGGAUUUCAUCCUGGUGGAGUACGCGGGGUACGCCAACGUGUGGCUCGAGCGACUGAUGGUGCUCGCGCCUGACGGCUCGGGCCUGACGUGCACCCUCACACCAGAUGACGACAGCUACGAGGAGGACCUCUUCGCCGCCGCCGAGGUGCGCCGCUGGCUGCCGUGCGAGGGCGAACGCAUGGGCGCAUACCCGCCAGCUGCUGCUGGGAUGCACGUGCACGGCUUCAGGGGCGUCCCAGCGCCUGCGCGGGUCGCACAGGCGCUGGCUGCUUGGGCUGCGAGGAUGGGGAUCGCCCUGGGCGUUGAGGACGCGGUGGUGCCCAACCUGCGCUGCGCUGCUGUCGGAGCUCGCCCUCGGCCUGGUGCCGCGGGUGUCGCGCCCGCCGGUGGCGCGGCGGCUGCGGCGCACGCUGCCGGCGGUGCGGGGCCGCCCGCUGGGAUGCUGGUUGCUGCCCCCUUCGCAGCACCCGCGGCAGGGAUUGGCGGGCCUGCCGUGGCGGCUGGAGUGGCUGGCUCGGCGGCUGCGCUCGCCGGCGGCCCAGCGGCGCCCGUGGCAGGCGCCCCAGCGCUGGCGGGCCCCGCGCCGCCGCUGGUGGUAGAGCCCGCAGCUGCCGGGCCAGCUGCCGCAGCUGCAGGCCUUGGAGCCGCCGCGGCCGCGGCCGCGCCAGCUGAUACGCGCGUCCAGCCCGUCACGUACGACUUGCAGGGGCAGCGGCACGCGGACUUCCGCCGCGCGGUCAUGAACAUGACUGAGGGGGCCGUUCCCGACUGGCCGGUCAGAGGUUCGCGGACGGCGCUGUGGGUCCUUAAGUUCAUGGAGGCUCACGGCGGCACGCCUACGGGCCGCCACUCGCGCUGGCUCUCGGAGUCACGCUUGCAGGGGCCCGAUCCUGGCGUCGACGAGCAUGGGCAGGCGUGCAGGGCCCUCGAGCGCAUGGUGAUCUACGACCAGCUGGAGGUGGCCAAUGUCGCCUCGGGCGAGAUGCUGGCCAGAGCCGUGCAGCCCCAGGAGGAGCGCUACAGGGACCGCGUCGCCCCGGCAGCAGACUCGGGCAGCCUCGACGCGCACGUGCUGCUCGGCACGGACCAGCUGCGCGGGAUCGCGCGCGUCGCGCCGGCGCUGCAGGACCACGUCAAGGACGAGCUCACGAAGAUGAAUGCUUACAGGAAGGAGCAACGCAAAGCCAGAGAGGAGCGCGACUUGGCCCGCAAGAAUAAGAAGGGGGCCAAGGGCGACAAGUGCUCUGGCAGGGGCCAGCGGGCGUCUCUCGAGCACAUCCAGUCCACCUUCGCCUGCCUCGAGCCGCUGGCCGAGGGCGAGGGUUUUCCCGAAGGAGCUCUUUCGGAUAUCCUCUCUGGCUCCCCGCUGUGCGCCACGGGGGGGCCUCGCCGACCCUACUCGCGGGGCCUGAUCUCGUGGCCCGACGUUGGCGACGACCCCGUGCCGCUCACGAAGGUCGUGGCUGGCCCGGACGCUCAAUGGCUUAGGGCAUGGAGCUCGAGCAUGCUGCGUGGUCGCGAGGAGGCUGACGCCCUUCUGCAGCAGGUUUGCCCUCGCGGGCCGUAUGUCGACCCCCACCUUGCCUUCUCUCCGGCGACGUUCGCCGACUUCCUUGCUGAGAUGUUGAAGCGGAAGAUGAUUUGCUUCCAGGCGGAGGACCCACGUAUCAAGCCGAUUGGAGUCUUCUGCGCGGCAAAGGAGAGCAACCGUCUGAGGCUCAUUUUUGAUACUCGUACUGCGAAUGCGUACUUCACAGACCCCCCAGCCACCACGUUGCCGAGCGCUGCCGCCUUCUCGAAACUGGAGGCGCCUGGAGGCAAGGUGGUCGUCGCGGCUGGAGACAUCGACGACGCCUUCUACCGGCUGCUGAUGCCCGAGGGCUUGUGCCGCUACUUCAGGCUUCCGCCGAUCGACAGGCGGCACCUGGAGGCGCGCGGCAUCGCAGGACUCCCCGAUGCCACCAGGGUGCAGGCUUGCUUGGUCGUGCUGCCGAUGGGCUUCUCCUGGGCGCUGCACCUCUGCCAGCUGGCUCUGCGGACCGCGGUCUCGCGGGCUGGCGUG